AAGCUGAUAUUAUAUAUCCAUCUGGUCCCAAGCCACCAUGUACAGUUUGGUAACCUGUUCAAACUGCAACACGCAGUUGCAGCCCCCGCCUGGGACCAGAUCGAUACGCUGCGCAAUAUGCAGCGCCAUCACGGACAUCGGCGGCGGCAGCGGAGGCGGUUAUGCUCCUCCGCCAUCCUAUGGACACCAGCACCACCACCAGGCUAUGUCACCGUACCACCACGCUCCGCCGGGACCACCACCUGCUCACGGGAGGAAGAAGGCAGUGAUAUGCGCCAUAUCGUAUAAGAACUCGGGAUGCGAGCUCAAGGGUUGUAUCAACGACGCCAAGUGCAUGAGAUACAUGCUCAUUAAUAAGCUUCACUUCCCUGAGUCUAACGUUCUCAUGCUAACCGAAGAGGAAAAUGAUCCAUACAGAAUUCCAACAAAAAAGAACAUGAGGAUGGCAAUGUUUUGGCUGGUACAAGGUUGUCAACCAGGAGACUCUCUGCUGUUCCAUUAUUCAGGUCAUGGGUCACAGCAAGUGAACCAUAGUGGAGAAGAACUGGAUGGAUAUGAUGAGACAUUGUGUCCACUGGACUUUCAAACAGAGGGUAUGAUUGUUGAUGAUGAAAUCAAUAAUACCCUUGUCAAACCUCUCCCUCAUGGGGUUAGGCUCCAUGCUAUCAUAGAUGCUUGCCAUAGUGGCACUGUCCUUGAUCUACCUUACCUUUGCAGAAUGACCAGGAGUGGACACUACGAGUGGGAGGACCAUGGCCCUGAAUCAGGUGCAUGGAAAGGAACAUGUGGUGGUGAAGUCAUCUCCUUCAGCGGUUGUGAUGAUCAUCAAACCUCUGCAGAUACAGCAGCAUUAUCAAAAAUCACCUCAACAGGUGCCAUGACUUUUUCUUUCAUCCAAGCUAUCGAACACGGACAGGGAGCCACAUACGGUAGCAUAUUGAAUUCCAUGCGUUCCACCAUUGGUAAAACUGGCGGGCUGACACAGGAACCGCAAUUGACUUCUUGUGAACCAUUCGAUGUGUAUACAAAGCCAUUCUGCUUGUGAUUGAUGUUUUGUGAUGCGCUCUGAAAUUGCUGUGAUCAUUAUUUGCAGAUUUGUCAUUGUAUUUUGUAAUGGGGUUUUCUUUUAAAUACAUUGUAUAUGUAACAUGAAGACGGGUCUGUAAUUAUAUUUGUGAGAGAGAAUUUAAAGCAUAUUGCUUUUGAUUUGAAGUU